AUGGAUCCCAUGGGAAAGGUCCCGUGGCUGGUGCAUCGUGGUCAGAAAAUGAUUGAUUCAUGCUCUAUAAUGAGGUAUGUCGAUGAACUAAAGGGACCCAAGGCUUCAUUAUUCCGUAUCUGUGGUGCCGAAGGCUUCAAAAAGGCUUUGGACAUGUCGAAUUCCAUUGCUGGUCCUCGAAGCAAGCUCUGCUUCUCAUCGGAGGCAACCAAGGAGGAUGCUGAUGUCUUCAAGAUGGUACUAUCAAACAUCGACAAAGAAAUCCAAGGUCCCUACCUCGUAGGUACGUAUACCUUCUAA